CUCAACUACUCUUCUUAUUGUGGCUAGCUUCAAAUACGUUCAAAUAGGUCUAGUGUUUUCUUAAGAAAGUGAAACUCAUAAAAAUAAAUUGGGGGGGGGGGGGGGCUGAUUCAGAGAAGAUGAGUGACGGGACCACUAUAUUUCAGGCCGAUCCAUCAGGAGAGACCGGCGUUCCCCGUUUCCAGUCGUCUGGGAAAAGUGACGCCUCCGUGGGACCACCGGGGCACUUCCGAGAUGGAGACGUGUCUUCUGACCACGGACUGGUCCAUCAGGAUAGACCACAUUCCCCUGUAUCCAGCUGUCUGUCCCUGAAGAGCGACCAGUCUAUGGAACCACCAAUAAAGUUCAGAGAGGGAGGGAUCUCUACUGGACAAGGACUGGCCCAUCAGGAGAGACCACUUUCCCCUGUAUCCAGCUGUCUGUCCUUGAAGAGCGACCAGUCUAUGGAACCGCCAAUAAAGUUCAGAGAGGGAGGGAUCUCUAUUGGACAAGGACUGGUCCAUCAGGAGAGACCACUUUCCCCUGUAUCCAGCUGUCUGUCCCUGAAGAGCGACCAGUCUAUGGAACCGCCAAUAAAGUUCAGAGAGGGAGGGAACUCUACUGGAAAAGGGGACCAAAAGGAAAGAUCUGAGAUUCCCAGUGUUCAAUCUGAUAAAAGUCACUCAGGCCUGGACCACAUAUUCUGGUCACUUGAAGACAAUAUUAUCACAUUUGUAAAGAAAGAGCUGAAGAGGUACAAAAGAAUUCUGUGUCCAGAUCUCCCAGAAUUCUUGGAGAGUCAAAAGGAAGAGGUGGAUACUGAAGAAGAGAAGCAGGAGAGCAGUGCCAGAGAGGGGGCUCUGAAGAUCACCCUGCACAUCCUGAGGGACAUGAACCAGAAAGAUCUGGCUGACACGCUGGAACAAAGUUUUGUAGAUGAUCCUGUCAUGAACAGUCAACUUAAACUGAAAUCUAUGCUGAAGAAGAAAAGUGAAAGUGUAUUUGAGGGAAUACCCAAACAAGGAAACCUGAAGCUUCUCAAUAAGAUCUACACAGAGCUCUACAUCACUGAGGGUGGACGUGGAGAAGUUAAUAAUGAACAUGAGGUGAGACAGAUUGAGACAGCAUCCAAGAGACCUUCUAACCCAGAGACACCAAUCAAAUGCAACAACAUUUUCAAACCCUUAUCGGAACAAGACCAGCCUAUCAGAACUGUGCUGACGAAGGGAGUUGCUGGCAUUGGAAAAACAGUGUCUGUGAAGAAGUUCAUUCUGGACUGGGCUGAAGGAAAGGCCAAUCAGGACAUCCAGUUCUUAUUUCCAUUAUUUUUUCGGGAGCUUAAUUUGAUGAAGGGAAGAAAGCACAGCUUGAUGGAACUUCUUCAUCACUUUUAUAUGGAAACCAAAGACUCAGGAAUCUCUGCAAUUGGCAAGUACAAAGUCCUCUUUGUGUUUGAUGGUCUGGAUGAGUGUCGACUACCUCUUGACUUCAAGAACUGUGAGAUCUGCAGUGAUGUCACAAAGUCAACAUCCGUUGAUGUGUUGCUGACAAACCUCAUCAACGGGAAUCUGCUUCCCUCUGCUCUAAUCUGGAUAACAUCUCGACCAGCAGCAGCCAGUCAGAUCCCUCCCGAGUUUGUUGACCGGGUAACAGAGGUGCAGGGUUUCACUGACCCACAGAAGGAGGAGUACUUCUUGAAGAGAUUCGAUGAUAAGAUUCUGGCCAACAUAAUCAUUUCACAUAUAAAGACGUCAAGGAGCCUUCAUAUCAUGUGCCACAUACCAGUUUUCUGUUGGAUCUCUGCCACAGUUCUUGAGCAUGUGUUGUUACACAUAGAUAGAAAAGAAGAGAUGCCCAAGUCUCUGACUCAACUGUACAUUGGCUUAGUGGUGUUUCAGAUCAAACAGAUGAAUAACAAAUAUCACAGUACAGAUGAGACACACUGGAACACAGACAUCAUCUUGGCCCUGGGAAAACUGGCCUUCCAUCAGCUGGAAAAAGGAAAUCUGAUAUUUUAUGAGAAAGACCUGGAACAGUGUGACAUUGAUGUCACAGAAGCAUCAGUGUACUCAGGAGUGUGCACACAGAUCUUCAAAGAGGAUUAUGGGCCGUUUCAGAAUAAGGUGUACUGCUUUGUGCAUCUUAGCAUCCAGGAGUUUCUGGCUGCAUUGUAUGUGUUUCUCACAUUUAUCAAUGACAACAUCAACCUUAUGGCUGAACCACAAUCAAGAAAAAGUCUCACAGUGUUUAGUGACAAGCAUGAUGAAUCAGUCCUCCUCCAGAGUGCUGUGGACCAGUCCUUACAGAGUGGGAAUGGUCACCUGGACCUGUUCCUGCGAUUCCUUCUAGGCCUCUCAGUCAAGUCCAAUCAGACUCUCCUACAAGGUCUAAUGACACAGACAGUAAGCAGCUCACAGACCAAUGAAGAAACAGUCAAGUACAUCAAGGAGAAGAUCAGGGAGAAUCCCUCUCCUGAGAGAUGCAUCAAUCUGUUCCACUGUCUGAAUGAACUUAAUGAUCAUUCUCUGGUUGAGGAGAUCCAAAGCAACCUGAACUCAGGAAGUCUGUCAGAAGCCAAACUGUCACCUGCACAGUGGUCAGCUCUGGUGUUUGUAUUGCUGACUUCAGAAGAGAACCUGGAUGUGUUUGACCUGAAGAAAUACUCCAGAUCAGAAGAAGGUCUUUUGAGGCUGAUGCCAGUGGUCAAAGCGUCCAGAACUGCUCUGCUGAAUGGGUGUAACCUCACAGAAGGAUGCUGUGAAGCUUUGGCCUCUGCCCUCAGCUCAACAUCCUCACAUCUGAGAGAGCUGGACCUGAGUAACAAUGACCUGCAGGAUUCAGGAGUGAAGCUGCUCUCUGCUGGACUGAAGAAUCCACAAUGUAAACUGGAGUCACUGAGGCUGUCAGGCUGUGGAGUCACUGAGGAAGGUGGUGGUUCUUUGGCUUCAGCUCUGUUGUCAAACCCCUCCCACCUGAGAGAGUUGGAUGUGGAGCUGGAGGUGUUUGACCUGAAGAAAUACUCCAGAUCAGAGGAAGAUCUAUUUAGGCUGCUGCCAUUGGUUAAAGCAUCCAGAACAGCUCUGCUAGAUGGAUGUAAGCUCACAGAAAGAUGCUGUGAAAUGUUGGCCUCAGUUCUUAGCUCAGCCUCCUCCCACCUGAGAGAGCUGGACCUGAGUAACAAUGACCUGCAGGAUUCAGGAGUGAAGCUGCUCUCUGCUGGACUGGAGAGUCCCCACUGUACAUUGGAGAUACUGAGAUUGAAUCGAUGCAGGUUAACAAAGAGAUGCUGUGAAGUUUUGGCCUCAGCUCUCAACUCACCUUCCUCCCAUCUGAGAGACCUGGACCUGAGUAACAAUGACCUGCAGGAUUCAGGAGUGAAGCUGCUCUCUGCUGGACUGGAGAAUCCACACUGUAAACUGGAGAUACUAAGGCUUUCAGGUUGUCUGGUCACAGAGGAAGGCUGUGCUGCUCUGGUCUCAUCUCUGAGCUCCAACCCGUCCCAUCUGAGAGAGCUGGACCUGAGCUAUAAUCACCCAGGAGAUGCAGGAUUGAAGCUGCUCUCUGCUGGACUGGAGGACCCACACUGGAGACUGGAGAAACUCCAUAUGGACCCUGGGGGAGAGUGCUGGUUGAAACCAGGACUUAAGAAAUAUGUCUGUGACCUCACACUGGACCCGAACACGGCCAACAGAACCCUCUCUCUGUCCGAGGGGAACCGGAAGGUGACAUGUGGAGAGGAGCAGCCAUAUCCGGAUCACCCAGAGAGAUUUGACUUCUGCAGACAGGUGCUGUGUAGAGAGGUUCUGACUGGACGCUGUUACUGGGAGGUGGAGAGUAGAGGGAAAGGGGCUUAUAUAGCAUUGACAUAUGAAGGAAUCAACAGAAAGGGAGAGGGUUAUGACAGUCUACUGGGAGGCAAUGACAAGUCGUGGGUUCUGUACUGCUCUGAUGAGAGUUACUUUGCCGGGUACAUUAAUAAGAACAUUGACAUUCCUGUCCCAUCCUCCAGUUCCAACAGAGUAGGAGUGUAUCUGGACUGGCCAGCCGGCACGCUGUCCUUCUACAGUGUCUCCCCGGACGCAGUAACCCACAUGCACACAUUCCACUCUACAUUCACUGAGCCUCUUUACCCAGGCUUUUAUGUUAGGUAUGGAUCCACAGUGUCUCUGUGUCAGGUAGAAUAGUCUCCUGUGUCCUGGAGGAACAUCUCUUCAAUCACAUUAUUGUACCAUUCUGAAUUUGGGCCUAUGGUAACAAAUAUAUUUAGUUGGAGGAAGGAGUAAAGAAUUUAGACCAGCUGUUGGAUUGCAUAAUCACGUCAUGAUAAUUAGUAGAAUCGUUAAUCUGCUGGGUUAUUUUCUGGAUUUUCUUUCGCAAUCAAGCUUAGUUUAGCCUGCAGGUGCAUGUUAUGUCCUGAUAUUAGCUUUUCCUGUAAUUCAGCGGUUAACCCACAGAUUAUCACGCAUCUUCGUUGCAAUCUCCUAUUCUCAAAAAUAUGUGAGUGUAUAUGAUAAAUUUAUAAGCCUAAAUUUUGAUUUAGGCAAGCAAGCCACUUUUAUAUAUACAAUAUAUAUGUUCGCAAUAACCCCGUAAAACCUAAAAUAAUCAUAUUUUUGAAUUGUUAACCUUUUAUUUACUUGACAAUGAAAAAAAUCCACAGCAGUGGUGCCUAGUUCUGGAAACACUGGACAGUGAAAAUCUAACAUAUAUUUAUUUUAAUUUAAAGUAGAUUCUAGUGUGUGUGUGUAUAUGCAUGUGUGUAUGUGUGUACUGUAAGUGUUAGAUUACAUAGCUACCUCAACAUUAGCGAAAAUUAUAAAGCUAACUAAUGUUAAUUUACAGCACUUGCUAACUAGUUAAAAAUCAUAUUGGUUUAGCUUUAUUGUAAGGUAGCAAGCUUAUGCUGCUGACCCUGUAUUGCUACAAACACAAGUUCGCUAAACCAAUCAAUUUUCAUGACUUGAGACAUGACUUGGAUUUAACCAUCAUUGACUCAGACUUGGAUUUUUUAUCAUGUAAUUAUUAGGAAGAGAGUGAAUAUAAGCAGCCCUAUCUCAGGGACGUUCUGUUAAGAUCUUUUAAGUUUGUGCUCCUUCUCCAAUUAUACAUUUUGUACAGGCAGCUCUGUUUCAAAGAGCAAUGAGUUUGUUCGUGAGGUACAAUAAUAGUGUAAUAUAUUUGUGUCCAUUAAAAUGCUGGUUGUCUUUCA